AAAUUUAUUUAAAAAAAAAAAAAGAUCGAAGCGUUGGUGUUUGAUCUGUUUCGAACAGAGGAGGAACGAAGUUAAAGAGAACAAAAUCGCAGUGAAGAGAGAGAGUCUUGGAUAUAGAGUCUUUGACACCUAGCUAGGUGUUUUUGGGACAUACGAUUACAUUAGAACUGGGUUAACAAUGGGGGAACAAGAUUCAAAGACCGUCCCUGUUGAGCUAGCAACAAAUGGGACUGACCUUCAACAAAAGUCAUCAGAGAAAGAGGAAGAAAAUUCUGGGGGUAAGGAAGUACAGGGAAAAGAGAAGGAUGAGGAAGGAGGUAAGCCUGAGAAAAUGGAGAUAGAUGCUGAGGUCAAGAAAGAUGAAGUAAAAGGCGGGAUAGAAAAUGUGGAGAUUAAGAAAGAUGAGGAAAAAGCUGAGAUAAGGAAAAUGGAAGAAGAGAAAGAGGUCGGAAAAGAUGAGGGACAAACAGAGACUGCUAAAUUGGAUGAAGACACAGAUAGUAAGGAAGAGGAAACUAAUGGUGGUGUGGCUGGAGCUGAUACAGCGGUAGAUGUUGUUAUGAAGGAAAAUGAGGAGUCUGGUGACAUAAAGGACAAUAAAGUGGAGGAAAAACAAGAGGACCAAAAGACAUGUGCUACUGAAGCAGGACAAGAGAAAGCAGAGAAAGAACUUGAGAAAGAGGAGCCUAAACAAGAAGGGGACAAAGCUAAUGGAAAUGAAGAAGAGAAUACAGGGGACAACAAAGAGGAAGAAAAGCUGGUGGAUGCAGACAUGGAGAAAGAAGCUGCCAAAGAUGUAGAAAAGGUGGAUGCAAAUCAAGAGGAUGAGACUAUGGAGGAAAAGGAGGGUUUGGAUGAAGGAAAAGAUGAAGAAGAGAAGGGAGACAACAAUAAAGAAGAGGGAUCAGGGGCAGAGGAAAAGAUUGAUGAGCUGAAGGUGGAAGAUGAAGAAGGAGAGAGUGAGGAUGAGAAAGGAGAUGGAAUUGACAAGGGGGAAGAUGAAAAGGAAGAAAAUGAAGAUGAAAAGGGAGAGACUAAGGAUGAGAAGGGGUCUAGAAAGCGUGGAAAAGGAACGAGUACAGAGGAAAAGGUUAAUGAAAAGACAAAGAGUGAGGAAGAAAAGAAGGAUAUAGAACCAAGGACUCCGUAUUCUGAUCGCCCAGUCCGUGAACGCAAAUCUGUUGAAAGGCUUGUUGCAUUGAUUGACAGAGACUCUUCUAGGGAAUUCCACGUUGAAAAGGGACGAGGUACACUACUCAAAGAUAUUCCCAAUGUGGCCUACAAAGUGUCAAGGAAGAAGGCUGAUGAAACUUUCAAGCUGCUUCACACAAUUCUAUUUGGAAGGAGAGGCAAGGCUUCUCAGAUCAAGACGAACAUAUUACGGUUUUCAGGUUUUGUGUGGCAUGGAAAUGAGGAGAAGGCAAAACUCAAAGUAAAAGAAAAGUUUGACAAAUGCAACAAAGAUAAACUUUUGGAGUUUUGUGAUGUAUUGGACAUACCAGUUGCCAAGGCUACAACGAGGAAGGAAGAUAUUGUUAUAAAACUGAUUGAGUUUUUGGAGGAACCUCAUGCAACAACUGAUGUUCCUGUUUAUGAGAAAGAGAAGCAGCCAAGUAAGGCAGCAAAGCGUAAGAGAACAUCUAAGCAAAGUUCACCUACAGUUGGAACUUCAUCCUCUAAAGGAUCAGCAAAGAGUCGAAAAAGGAGUGGUGAAGCAGAAAAGGCUGACCAAAAGGGUGUGCCUCAUUCUGAUGAUGAGCCUGAGGAAGAGAAAGAGGAAAAAGAUGUAGAAGAAAAAGAGAAAGAAGAGGAGGAGGAUGAAGAAAAGAAUGAAGAAGCGGACAAGGAAAACGGUGUUCCUGAUAAAUUUGAGGACGAGGUGCCUGAGCCUUCUGAAAGUGAGGAGAGAGUUGAAUCAGAGGAGGACUCGGAAGAAGACACUAAAAAGAAGAAACGUGGUUCAAGGUCAUCACCUGAGAAGAAAGAAUCAUCAGGGAAAGCCAGAAGCAAGAAAGCUGCAGUCUCUGGAAAAGCCAGUCCAAUGACACAGAAAAGAUCAUCCACAAAACGGAAGAAGACUGAUGAUGACAGCGAUUCAAGUCCAAAGACGUCUUCUAAAAGGAAGAAAACUGAGAAACCUACCAAGGAGCAGUCCUCAGCUCCUUCAAAAUGUACCUUGAAAGAGAAACCAGGGAAAAGGUCUGGAAAAGGGAAAGACAAAAGCAAAGAACCGGGUGACAGAGAGUUGAAAAACGCGAUUGUUGAGACCUUGAAGAAAGUGGACUUCAACACGGCCACAUUCACUGACAUCCUCAAGCUACUUGCCAAGGAAUUCAACGCGGAUCUCACCCCAAGAAAGUCAUCUAUAAAGCUGAUGAUCCAGGAAGAGCUAACGAAAUUAGCAGAAGAGGCAGAGGACGGGGAAGGAGAAGAGGAGGGAGCAGAGAAAGAGAAGGCAGAGCCUGCGGGUGAAGAGGUUAAAGCCUGAAACUUAUUCAUCCCAAAUCAAUAGAGAACAUACGGGAAAUCAUAAUCUUAAGACUAUUUAAUUGCAGAGUCUGUUAGGGCCUUUCCUUGCCUAAUACCCAUAUCAUAGGCACAGUUGUAUCAGUGAAAUCUGGAUGUAAUUUGUCGUUUUUCCUCUUUUAUUUGGUCUGAAUUUGAGGCGACCGAGCAGAAACCGAUUCCAGGUUUUGGUUUUGGUUUUAGUCUUAGUUUUGGGUAGAGAGGACAGAGAGAAAGGGACAGAGCUGCAAAGACACAGAGUCAAGAGAUAGGCAACUUGUUUGUAUACAGUUCAACAUAAUAAGCUCAGUCUUCUACCUAGGAUUCUUCCUCGUGUGUUAUUUUAGUGAGAUCUUGUAUUAGGUGGAGAGACCAGUUGCGAUCUUCUCGGUCGUGAAGGCUACUCAUUAGCAAUGUAACAAGGUGUUUUCUUCA